GCGAGCAGCAAGUUUGUGUUUGUCGGUGUCAGUGCUAAAAUAAGUAAAAAUAACUUUUUAAGUUUAAGCCUGAGCUAUAAUUUUUAAGCUCAAUUGGCAAUUCGGAGUUUUUUUUAGUUGAAACCUGCUUAAUUUGUUGGCUGGCGUUCAACUUGUAUUGAAGAGUAGAAGUUCUAAAUUAAAAAGAAUCACAGAAUGGCCUCUUCAAGGUUAGAUAUUGUCAUCUUUGGAGCUACUGGAUUCACAGGAAAAGUAGCAGUCAAGGAAAUUUUGAAGUUUGUUAAAGAUAAAAAUAUAACCUGGGGCGUGGCUGGAAGAAGUGAGGACAAGUUGAAACAAGUUCUCCAAGAAGUUUCUAACAAAACAGGGGAGGAUUUGUCCACUGUACCCGUCAUAGUAGCUGAUGUGAAAGAUCCUUCAACCUUGAGUGCAAUGGCGGCCAGAGCUAAAGUGGUAGCCAAUUGUGUUGGUCCGUACCGCCUCUAUGGCGAACCAGUGGUGAAGGCUUGCAUAGAGAACGGAACUCAUCACGUUGAUGUCAGUGGUGAACCUCAGUUUAUGGAGAAAAUGCAGUUGGAAUACAAUAAAGCAGCUGAAGAGAAAGGUGUAUAUGUUAUAAGCGCUUGUGGGUUUGAUAGUAUCCCUGCUGACAUGGGAUUGAUAUACUUCAUUGAAAAGUUUAAUGGUGAGGUGAAUGCAGUGGAGACUUACUUAGAAUCUGACAGCAAUGAGAAAGUUGAGGGUGCGUCUAUUCACUAUGGAACGUGGGAGUCAGCUGUGUAUGGACUUACUCAUUGGAAUGAACUUCGUCCUCUUCGCCAAAAACUGUAUCCGGAACGAUUGCCAUCUUUCACUCCUAAAUUGGAGCCAAGGUCAGCCCUGCACAAGAGCGAUGUGAUUGGCAAGUGGUGUACUCCAUUCCCUGGGUCUGAUCGGCCAGUCAUGUAUAGAUCUCAGCGGUUCUUGUACGAACAGGACAAAGUGAGGCCUGUCCAGGUACAAGCCUAUAUUGGUUUCCCCAACCUAUUGGCUGCAAUCAUGGUUAUCUUGGUGGGAGGUAUAUUUGCUCUCUUUACCAAAACAUCCUUCACCCGCAAAUUGUUGUUGAAGCACCCAAAGUUUUUCUCGUUUGGAUUCGUCAGUCACGAAGGUCCGAGUGAGAAGACACUGACAAACACAGAAUUCUCCAUCACAUUCAGCGGUGUUGGCUGGACAGAGAAGGCAGUUGAGGGGCCUCACACUGAACCUCCCAACAAGACUCUGGUCACCAAGGUGUCUGGACGAGACCCAGGUUAUGGCUUAACCACUACAGCCCUGCUCCUAGCUGGAAUAACCAUAAUCAAGGAUGGGGACAAAAUGCCUGGCAAAGGCGGUGUAUUACCACCAGGUGCUGCAUUUGCCAAAACCUCUUUGAUCAAAGAUUUGUCAUCUUACGGACUCAAGUUUGAAGUCAUCAAAGAAGAUGUUAAAGAAAAGUCAUUGUAAAUUUGGCACCUGAAAGGUGGUACCUAACUGAUAACUUCAAGACUGAUUUAACUCUUAUACAUUCUUGUUGGGUCCAAACACUUUCAAAAGCUAUUUAUAUGCAUGAAGAACUUUAUUGUAAGCUUUAACAAGUGAUAUUUAGUACUAACGGGUGAAGAUACAAGUUAACUUUUAGUGGAGUUUUGUAUUAUGUGUAGAAUGAAGUAUCAGGAAGUUAAGCACAUAAAUACCAAAGAAUGAACUGUUGUACUGUUUUAAGAGGUUGUUUAUAACACAGUUACUUUGCUUAGGUUUUAAUGUACGGUAUGUACUUUUUAACAAUGUAAUCAAUGCAUUAUUGUUAGCAGUCUGUUUGCAAAAUAAUCUCUGAUUGUAAGUUUUUAAUUUUAAACUUUGUUGGAGAUAUAUUUGUUUGUGUCAUUUUAAGUUAAAAAUCAAGCCAAAGCUUUUAAAAAGAGUUUCAGCACGCACACUUUUAACUUCUCAACUCAAUGUCUAAUUCUUCAUAUUUUAUUCAACUACGGUUUUAAAAUCCCAGAUCAUAAUCUUCAUCUCUAUGAAUGUUAUGUAAUUUUGUUUUGUCUUUGAGCUUAUGAUAACUACCUAAUUACUAAUUGCCAAUUAACUAUUCACUGUGAUCCUAUUUGAAGUUGUGAUAUAAUAAUAAAGCUCUUGCAAAGUCUCUGCUAAUUAAUAUUUUUAUAAAUUGAUAUCUAUGUAGGUUUUAAUUGCUCAUCAGAUUAAACUGUUGUGGUGUUAGCUAUUCAUAUUUUGUUUAACAGAUUUAUUGCUAUAGUAGUGUUUCUAAUCAAUGUUGUAAUAAAAUUUA